AUGUCGCGCCGUGAGCGCAAGCGGAGAGGUCGCUGGGAAACGUACAACUCCGAAUUCAAUUCGGAAGAAGGUUUCUCGAACAGUUCUGUCGACAAGCAAGUGGAGAAAGAGGCAGCAGCACCCGUCCCAAAGGCUGCUUCACAUAACUUGAACGGCGAGAAUGUUGCGGUGAUAACGGAUGAGUUCGGUGGCAAGGACUACCGUUCAGAAAUGCCGCUGAAGCCAGUAUGUCGACCGGAGCACAUUCAUGAAUACCAGCUUACAGCAUACUCUCUAUAUGCAGCUGUGUCAGUAGGAUUGCAGACAAAUGAUAUCAUAGAGUAUCUCGAAAGGCUUAGCAAAAGCGCACUACCACGAGGAAUCAUAGAGUUCAUCAAGAUGUGCACGUUGAGUUACGGAAAGGUGAAGCUCGUUCUGAAACACAACCGAUACUUUGUCGAAUCGCGUCAUUCUGACGUGAUCCAAAAGCUUCUGAAGGAUAAAGUCAUCCAGUCUUGUAUUUUGGAGGAAGAAAAACCGGUGGAGGAAACGCAGACCCAGAUAGAGAAAAUCAAUUUCCCACAAGAGCAAACCAAAGAGGAGGAGAAGAAACCCGAAGCG